AUGUUUUGUGAAUCACUUCCCUACGCUUACCCACAACAGGGCAACACAACUGUGUCUCCUCUCACAUCAGCAGACUCAACUUCCAGUGAGGCAAGUGCAACUGGAUUGAUGUCUGAUUUAUACUAUCCACUUUCUGCUGCUUCCUCCUUCUGUAACGACACCUAUGAUGAGGCCCCGGUGUGUUCUAUGCCGCCAACAAGCCUGAUGGAUGUCUCUUUGGAAAAUGGUUGCCGUCGUUACGUUGAAGCUAAAAUGGAGCAUUUUUCACCUCUGUGGGAAUUUCCUUCUCAAAGUCCCAGGAUUCAGUCGUCUCAGCAUCCCUUAGGCAAUUGUGUACCGCCAUUGAUCCAAAAUUCUGGUAAUAUGGUCACACAGGAUGUGGUGGUUCCUUCACUCGCAGAACGUCAGGCUUCUGUGAGCCAGAGAUUCAUCUCCUUGUCCAUGGAUAUCACCUCAUGCGCUGCCACUCGUCCAGAUCACUACCGUCUGAACAGCUACUCCACAAUCGAGUCUGCCAUGUCCUCAGACCCACAGAAUGUGCCUCCCGUUCUGGCCCAGCCACCAAGACCUCAUCUAAGUAAACGACCCAACACCAUUCACUGCCCUGAGGGCGUUGAGCUUUUCGAAAUGAACGACGAGGCCACUUUUUCGGUGAAUUCCCUGAAAGAAGCACACCAUCGAGCUCAAAAAGAGCGGUCCUCUAUGGAAAGAAAGAGAAAGUCUGGGUAUCGGAAGCAUGAUGAAAAGGGGAAGAGAGGGAGUACUUUACUGUUAUUGAAGGAACUCUAUGAGCAGAGGGGACCCGACUUAAUUACCAAUAAAGGUAUUACCUGCGACUGCUGUAAUGGUCAUUUCAAUAGCUUUACUGAUUUAGCGAAACACGUCGAUCAGAUGAAACAUGUGAGGGACAGCUACUGUCCGGAUGAGACGUGCUCAUAUUCUGUGAUAGGAUUCAGACGUCGGGUGUCAUUAAGGAGGCAUAUUUGCGAAGACCAUUUGAAAGAAUACAACUUUAGAACUCGUACGGAAAUCACAGCUAGUUCUUUGAUUGGAUCUCCAGAGGAUGGAAUUUCUCCAAAGGGAAGCUCCUGCCGGGACGGAAACGCCAGCGAUGGGUUAAGCAAGUUGAGAGCUCUCUUGGACGAAGUCUACGUCUGUGACGAUCCUAGCUGUUUGCGUGCCUUUUACAGACUGGACAGUCUUUUACGUCAUCAACGGUGCAUUCACCAUGUGAAGUUAACAUAA